AUGGCCAUGCCGAUGUUGAAGAGAAGAAGAGUAGACGAAGAAUCAGUAGAGAAAUUCGCAAUGGCGAAUUGUGUGGAUAUCAUGAAGAGGAACGAGUUGUUAGGACGACCUAAACUCUUCGAAUGCAAGACAUGCAAGAAAAAAUUCGAUUCAUUUCAAGAACUUGGUGGGCACAGAACGAGCCAGAAGAAUACGAUGAAUAAGCUCAUUGUGAUGAGUACUAUUGACGACUUAUUACCGAUUAAGCCGAAAAAACACGAAUACUCCCUUUGUGGUGAAGAGUUCGCUCUGGGUCAAGCUUUGGGAGGACACAUGAGGAAACAUCGCGAUGAAUUGAAUCAACUCGAGCAAAAGAAGAAGAAUUUGAAGAAUUUUGAAUUCGCAGAAGCUAUUCACGAGAAGAAAGAUAAGGCUAGUACCGGAAGAAAUUUGUUCUUGGAUUUGAAUUUGACGCCGUAUGAGAAUGAAGUGAUGGCAGGGAUAAUUCCUGUUUAG